UACUACUACUAGGAGGCCUAGGCUAGACUACUUUCCACGCCACAACAAAAGCUUUAGAAAGCGGUAGCCUGUUCGGGACUCGAAAGAAUGAGGUAGGCCAAGGUCUGCUUUAGUUUAAGGUGUUAUUAACCAGAAUGUUAAACUGCACAAGAGUAGACCAAGUGACUGUUAAUUGCGAUGGAACGAUUUAUAUUUCGGUGGAGGCGGAGUUAAGUACCACUGAGUUCUGGAUAUACUUAGGUGUUUAUAUAAGCCUUGUGCUUUUUGCUGAAUUUGUUUUUUUAGGGCUGAUGUCGGGCCUGACAAUGGGACUCCUCUCACUAGACAUAAUGAGUUUGAAAGUGCUGUCCAUGAGUGGUAAACCAAAAGAGAAAGUUUAUGCAAAGAAAAUCAUUCCUAUAGUUGAGAAGCAUCACCUAUUACUGGUAACAUUACUUCUUGCAAAUGCCGCAGCUGUAGAGAGUAUGCCGAUAUUCUUGGACAAGAUAACUAAUCCCAUAAUCGCAAUUGUGAUCUCCGUUUCAGCGGUUCUCAUAUUUGGCGAAGUGGUUCCACAAGCAAUCUGUACUAGGUAUGGACUGGCAAUUGGCGCUACUUUAUCCCCAUUGGUGUGGGUGUUUAUGCUGCUGCUGCUACCGAUAUCAUUCCCAAUUGCCAAGGUACUUGAUAUUCUUCUUGGGAAAGAAACUGGAACCUUCUUCAGACGUGCAGAAAGCUAUAGGUAUCAUAACUCUUGAAGACAUUCUAGAGGAGCUACUACAGGAAGAAAUUGUUGAUGAGACAGAUAUUUACGUUGAUGUCCAUAAACGAGUUAAAGUAGCGAGGGCUAAACUAUCAAGAGCAAACUCUGUACAGAUCCCUAAUGAUGCACUUUUACAAUCCCCAAGACUGAUCUCAAGAAGACAGCGCUCAUCAUCAUUAGGAAAUUCUUCAAAAUACCACGAUGCAGCAUCACCCAGCCUUGUAUCAAAUCUAGUUCCAAAUAAAGACAGAGUUAUUCAAGAAGAGGAGGAAGCACCAGUUAGCCCACCUCACAAGCAUUACAGCAUUAAUGAAGAUCCCAGUGAUUUAGACACUUCACCUUUGAUACCAGAUCUAGACUGAACAAAUAUUCAUCAUUCGCCACCUUGUCUCAUGUACAAAAAUAUUCUAAUAGUGAGCAAGUAGACAUGCAGUUUAGAUGAUGUGUCACAGCCAAUUGGUUGAUUCCAUGGCUCAGUCGAGUUUUACUAGGUGCUCAAAAACACACUUUGAAUUCUGUUAAAGGAUUCUUGUGUUGUAGUCAAUGUCAAAAUGAAAUUUCCAAAAUAAUUUUCCACUUCAAACAUACUGUAAUACAUCAGAACCAAUUUCUACUAUUUUGUUUUUAUAUUGAAUAUCUCACCCAUUUUCUUGAAGUAAAUAUUAUAUUUUAUAUCUGUAUUAGAACAAAUAUGCAUGUUUUGAAGAUUUUUAUACCUACUGUGUUUUACUAUUGAUGUAUAGCCAAGUUAAACAAGGUGAAUAUUUCUGAAGGAUUAUAAAAUAUAUGGUAAUUAUGUCAGUGGGUUAGCUUUAUUAACAAAUACAGUAUAUUGAUGAUAAGGUAUCAAGUACUGUAGGGGCGGAUCCAGAAUUUACAAACAGGGGCUGGGGGGCUUGGGCACAACUGUCUCAGAAUAGGUAAGUGAGUAGCACAUAACAUUGAUUUGCAUUGAA